CGACUCCCGCGGCCGAUGGGAGACAGAACAGGGCCGACGAGAUGGAUAUAGGGACGACAGAUACGAGAGAUCGGACCGAGAUGGAUAUAGGGACGACAGAUACGAGAGGUCGGGUCGAGAUGGCUACAGAGGAAGUAGAUAUGAGAGAGGAGAUCGAGACUGGGAAUGACAAGAUGGGUCGCGCGGACAGUUUGAGCGCGGGGGAGAUGCGAGAGAGCAACGCGACGAGUCGCGGGGGUGGUACAACCGAGGGGACCGACGCGAUGAGUCACAUGGACGAUAUGACUAAGGGGACCGCCGGAAUGAUUCGCGAGGGCGGUAUGAGCAAGGAGGGUUUGGAGGAGACCGGUGCAACGAUCCGCGCGGUCGGAAUGAGAGAGGGGGAUAUGGCGUCUCAUCAGAACCAUAUCCCAAACGACAGGGGAUCUACUCCGAGGAACUCAUGCGUCUACUAUAGAGUAGAAGAUCAUAUCAAGAGGGAUUGCCCGGACCUCAAACGGGCAAUAGAUGAGGGACUUGUCGUGCUUGACGACCGCAAGGAUGUCAAGUGGGCAGAUAAUCUGGGAUAUGUAUCGAUGUUCCCUUCGAUGAAGGAGAAUGUCGAAGCGAGGAGAAUAAAGACGAGUAAAGGAAUGGAGCCGGUCAGGAGCCAGAGCAUCAAGAUAACCUUUGAGGGGGAUAUCGCGACCACACCCAUAAGGGUGGCAGCCACCAAGUCGGCRAGAGGGUCUACAUCGAAGAACACUGACACGGAUUACGUGAUGGCGGAGAAGGACGGGCAGCGGGUCGAUGGAGAGGAGGUUAUCCUUUCGCCGCGAAAGAGGGGAGUGAAGAAGUUCKUAAUGAAGAGUUCGCUGGACGAGAUUGACACGGUCGAGCCACUGAGACGGGCCCUUCGGCAACCCAUGCAGUGCUCUAUACUGGAGUACCUGGCGGCAUCGAAGCCGGCUCGUGAUGAGUUACAGAUGAUCACGCGGAAGACUCGCAUACCUCUCUCGGAGGAGGGUCAGGGGGCCCCUAAGGCGGAAGCUUCUACAGUAGCAGUAACGGGGGUGACUGCCAGAGCGGAUCGCAUGGCGACAGUCCUUCCCGAUGGAAUGGAAGGUGAGCCUCCAGACCAGUUUUAUAUACUUGGUAGCGGGGCCGUAGGGACGAUUAUGAACGAUGGAGCGGUACUCGAUGCUGUGAUUGAUAACGGCAGUGAGGCUGUCAUCAUAGACGAGGACCUGGCAGUACAAGUUGGACUGGGCCUCGAUAGGUCAUACCUAUUCGAGAUAGAGAUGGCUGAUGGGAGAAAGCAACAGAUCACUGGCGUUUGUCACAAGGCAGCCAUAGAGGUUCAAGGGGUACGAGUGACCCUGCCUGUUUUUGCAGUCAAGAACUGCAGCUCCGACCUGCUCUUGGGUCGAACGUGGCUGAGCCACGUGCAUGCGGUGACGAUAGAGCGACCUGAUGGGAGCCAAACAUUGUCCAUUAGGAAACCAGACGGGACGCGGGUAAUAACUGAGACAGUGGAGCCUCGGGACCCGAGGAACAGAGCAGCUCUCGCUGUGGGUGCGAGACCCAGUGAUGAGAUUAAGUCGUUACCUAUCACCGGCCGCACGUGCUCUAUUCUGGAGUACAUGGCGGCAUCGAAGCCGGCUCGUGAUGAGUUACAGAUGAUCACGCGGAAGACACGCAUACCUCAAUCGGAGGAGGGUCACGGGGCCCCUAAGGCGGAAGCUUCUACAGUAGCAGUAACGGGGGUGACUGCCAGAGCGGAUCGCAUGGCGACAGUCCUUCUCGAUGGAAUGGAAGGUGUGCCUCCAGACAAGUUUUAUAUACUUGGUAGCGGGGCCGUGGAGACGAUUAUAAACGAUGGAGCGGUACUCGAUGCUGUGAUCGAUAACGAUAGUGAGGCUGUCAUCAUAGACGAGGACCUGGCAGUACAGGUUGGACUGAGCCUCGAUAGGUCAUACCUAUUCGAGAUAGAGACGGCUGAUGGGAGAAAGCAACAGAUCACUGGGGUUUGUCGCAAGGCAACCAUAGAGGUCCAAGGGGUACGAGUGACCCUGCCUGUCUUUGCAGUCAAGAACUGCAGCUCCGACCUGCUCUUGGGUCGAACGUGGCUGAGCCACGUGCAUGCGGUGACGAUAGAGCGACCUGAUGGGAGCSAAACAUUGUCYAUUAAGAAGCCAGACSRGACGCGGGUAAUGAUUAAGACAGUGGAGCCUCGGGACYCGAGGAACAGAGCAGCUCUCGCUGUGGGUGCGAGACCCAGUGAUCAGAUUAAGUYGUUACCUAUCUCCRGCCGCGCGGUGCGAUUUCGCGAGAAGAAAUAUGGACCACUGGUCACAGAGGAAGAAGGUCGGAUCGUGGASGUGGAAGAYUUAGGGAGUCGGCUAAUAGUGUACGGCAACUCGUACCCAAAGGAAAAAGAUGAGGAAUUUGGCGGUGUGAGGUUGCACCUGGAGUUAGAAGAUUCGUCGAGCAGCACCUAACGAAUAUUUGCGCGGUACUCGAGCAGCUGGACGAUGCGAAUCUAACAGUCAGCGGAACAAAGAGCCGAUGGGCCG